AACGGCAGUUUGAAUGAGUGACCUGUGAUGGCAGCAGAGAUCACACGGACCCUGCUGAGCCUCACAGAGUUUGAUCUCCGAUCACAAGUAUUGACUCUGCAUCGAUAGCUAUAGCUGGGUUUGUGCCUGUGGUCGCUCUGUCGGUGUCGGUCUGGUUUUGUCUGGUUUCUUCUGGUUCCAGCUGCUUGUUCCGGAACUUUUUCUGACUCGGUAUGGAGCUUUGGGCGCGGGUUAACAGUUAGCCUCUGUGGGUUUGAGCUGCUUUAGCUUCUGUUAGCUUAAUCACGCGGAACAUUUCUGCGUCAGAGUCUCUGUUUCACACCAAAAACUUGAUCUCCGGACCAAACUGUUAGCUUAGCUCCAAGGCUACUUAACCGGUUCGGUUCAGUUAGCAGGGCAACUACGAUAACAAGCUAACUGACGCGAUUAGCCUGAGUUAGCCGCUAGCAGCUAGCCAGAGCUUCCUCUGUCCACCUCAUGCCGGCGAUGCUAGAGAGGAACCCGGAGGCUCCGGGGAAGAGGAGAGGCAGAGCCCCGGUCGGCGGCGCUAGCGGCGGAGAAGCGAAUACAGGCAGAAAGAGUCUGUCCGGUAAUGGAACCAGCACCAACAACUGCUGGGAAGAAGGAAGUUCAGGCUCCAGCAGCGACGAGGAGCAUGGUGGAGGUGGGAUGCGGGUCGGACCGCAAUACCAGGCCGUGGUUCCGGACUUUGACCCAGAGGUGGCCCAGGCGGCUCAGCUCAGAGAAAACAUGGGCAUGUUGGUUUGGAUCCCCAGCAACUGUCUGAACCAGACUCAGUUGGACGAGUACAUCGCCAUUGCUAAAGAGAAACAUGGAUACAACAUGGAGCAGGCUCUGGGGAUGCUCUUCUGGCACAAACACAACAUCGAGAAGUCUCUGGCUGAUCUGCCAAACUUCACUCCAUUUCCUGACGAGUGGACGGUGGAGGACAGAGUCUUGUUCGAACAGGCCUUCAGCUUUCACGGCAAGAGCUUCCAUCGCAUCCAGCAGAUGUUACCCGAUAAGUCGAUGGCCAGUCUGGUUCGGUUUUAUUACUCCUGGAAGAAAAGUCGCAGUAAAACGAGUCUGAUGGACCGACAGACCAGAAAACACAAGAGAGAGAGAGAUGAUAGUGAUGAUGAGGUUGAGGACAGCAACGGACAUCCUCCAAGUGACUCUGAGUUUGACCAAAAUAAAGACAAGAAGGAGAUAAGUUCUGCAUCAGAGAGGUCAGAGGUGAAACCAGCUGCCAAUUUGAAGACAGGUGGAAAGGCAUCUCAGCGGAUGAAGAAACGUCCUCCCAGAGGAAUGUUUUUGAGUCAGCAGGACGUCGUCUCUCUGUCAUCUUCAUCGGCUCAGGGACUCAUCAGACAUCUGGACUGUCAGCUGGUGUCCAUCAAGAGACAGAUUCAGACCAUCAAACAGACUAACAGUGCUCUUAAGGAGAAACUCACCUCAGGUGUGGACGAGUUCAGGCAACCUCAGGUGAAUCAGAAGUUUAACAGUCGUUGGACCACAGAGGAGCAGCUGCUUGCUGUACAAGCCAUCAGGAAGUAUGGGCGGGACUUCCAGGCGAUCUCAGAUGUGAUUGGUAACAAGUCGGUGGUUCAGGUGAAGAACUUCCUGGUGAACUACAGACGCAGGUUUAAUUUAGAUGAGGUUCUUCAGGAGUGGGAGGCCGAACAUGGGAUGGAGGGGGAAGGCGGGGGAGGAGAGGAGGACAAGAUGGAGAACAAGAUGGAGGUGUGUCUUGCUGAGGAGGAGGAGGAGGAAGCCACUGCCAAGGAGACAAAGGAGGACUCGUCCUCUCCAGUGGACUCCCUGAAGCCUCUGGCCUCCUGAGACCCUCUGGACUCUGACCCCGCCUCUCUGCACUAUGACUCCACCCUCUGAAUGCUUGGCCCACCAAUCUAGUUUUAUGUCAUCAUGCUUUUAUUUUAUUUUCUCAGUUUAACUGUUGGAAUGUUUUGAACUUCUAUUAAUCAGUUGAUUGAUCAGGUUUGAGGUUUGUGUCAUGAACUGUCACCUGUCAUCACUGCUGUCUGGACCAAUCAAAAUCAGACCUGACCUGUAAAUCAAAGUGUUGGGGAUUGAGGAUUUUCAUUUUUAUUUUCCAACUUCUGUUGAGACAUAUGUUCUGUUUUAAAUCUGCUGGGAAGUGCUGGGAGGUGGAGGUGUUGUUGAACUGAAGCAGCCAUGUUGGAUGACUUUACUCAGGUAGGGGGGGUGUUCUGUCCUGAUGAUGUCAUUCUGAUUUUGUGUGUGUGUGUGUGUGUGUGUGUAUAUAUAUCUUAGGACCUCUUAGAGGACUCACAAUAAAACCAAAGUAGAUCAGUAA